AUGGUUAAACUACGAAAUUUACUUCAAUUAAUUCCUCGUCGUUAUUCUUAUUAUCUAUAUUUCAUUUGUUUCUUAUGUUCACUGAUCUUUCUGGUUUAUCAUUAUGAUCAUAUAGAAAAAUUAGAAGUAGAAAAAACUAUUAUUGAUAGUAGUAAUGAUUUCGAUUUAUAUGAUGAUGAUGAUAUGUUAUUCAAUUGUCCAUCUGAAAUACAAUUUAAUAUUAAAAAUCGUCAGCAUUUAGCUAUUAUUAUUGCUCCUAAACUUGUUCCAUUUCUAUGGAAAAAUUUUCGUGCAUUACUAUGUACUGGUGUUGACGUAUAUGUUAUGUUCAAUGAAGUUUUUAACAUUAGUUCAUCAUUUCGAGGAGAUAAUUUUCCAGCAUGUAUAAAACGAAGUACACGUUCUUAUACACAUCGUUUUCUAUUUGUUACAAAUGAAAAACUUGAAAAAUAUGGUGUAAGUUAUAUGACAAAAUAUCCAACAAUCAGAUAUACUUCAUUAGACCGUGCAAUUGUUUGGUUAUAUCAUCGUAAAUCUUUGACAACUGUAUGGUUAAUGAAUUAUGGUGUUCAAUGGUAUCAUAUAAAUAAUAUAACAUAUCUGUUCGAUAUUUAUACAUCUGAUACAACUGAUAUUUUAUGUGAAGGUAUUGUUGAAACAAAUUCAACACGCUGGAAACAAUGGCCACAGAAUCAAUCCGAUAUAUUUCCAAAAUCAUAUUGGAUUGGUACAUUUAAUCCACUUGUUCGUUAUUCUCGACGUUUACUUUUUCAUCAUUAUAAAUAUAUGCAAUUAAUACAUAAAAAUCGGCUACAUUAUGAAAUAGAUACAAAUUUUCGUUUUCAUGAAUUUAUUAUGGGUACAAUUGCUAAUAUUGAACAAUUAUCUAUUGCUGUAUUUAAUCAAAAAAUUGAUUUUCUUCAUUUAAGUCUUGGUGAUUAUAAUACAACAUUUAUAUUAUUUUUACUUCGACAAGGAAAACAUAUUAUACAUCCAAUUACAUAUGAUAGUAUAUUAACUAAAUAUUCAAUUAAUCAUAUAGUUAAAUUAAUAAAUAAUAAUAAUUAG